CGCUCAGCAGCGCAGGGAUCGAGUUGACCACCACUACCAGUACCGCGGGUAAGAUGACAGUUGAUGCGAGAGUCAUCACAGAGAACUGACUUGUUUCGCUCCGAUCAAGCUUAUUCCGAAAGCUUCUUCAAUUUCUCCUGCUGUUGGUCGAGUCGAUCUGUGAUCGUCGAUUUGUGAACAUUACCGCUCAGUACACAUGACAUUCACUUGAGUCUUAAGUGAGUCAUUCAACCUUCUAUGGUAAAGAGUUUACUCAACAGACCAGUGGUCAACAUACGGCGUUUUUGUUGUCUCGGCCAGCGAAUACCACUUUUGUACGGGGAACGUUUGGCUACGCUACCACGCAAAAACUGGAAUACUCGACAUUAGUUUCAACGUGAAGAUGAUUCCUUAGUUUGAACUUUCAAUUUUGUUAUCCCAGGGAAAAGUCGUUUGAUUUAUAAUAUGGAUAAUUCAGAUGAGUUAUGGACUUCGUGUCGGAUACCACUGCCUUCGUUUAUUUCGCUAGAGUGAAAUAGUUGAUGACUUUUUCGACAAAUCCUCCGCAGAAGUUUGUAAAUCGCACAGCCGGCGGGCUCCGAUUGUCAGCCUGCCAUUUUGUCGCCUUGCAGCGGGUGCACUCCCCAGGAGUUCUGGCGUGAAUUCACUGUUCGUGUAGUGGAGGGGACGUGUAGAGUAGUAGCCAUGCUGUGGUGGGAUAUUGUCUCGGUUUUAGUGCUGGUUUUCUUGCCGUGGCCGAGGGGAGUUGCCUCGAACAUUCAAAGCCUACGAGAGCAGCUGAACUGUCAUACUCACACACAGGGGACCAAUUCGUUUUUAUGGCAAGUCAGAAGACAUCCGCCUGCCUAUUUCUUGGGAACAAUACACGUACCAUACACACGCGUUUGGGAUUAUAUUCCUCAAAAUACCAAAGUUGCUUUCCGAGAAAGCGAAAAUAUAUUCGUCGAACUUGAUCUCACAGAUCCGAACACGAUGACGCAGUUGGCGAACUGUCAGUUGUUGCCAAACGGAGAAAGUCUCAGCGAGGUUUUACCACACAGUAUUUACAGGAGAUUAAAAACUCAUUUACAAUAUGUGAAGCGAAUGAUGCCGCAAUGGUUGAGCGCUGAUCAACGGGGUCGCGGUUUUUAUGCCGACUACCUCUUCGAAGCGAUCGUCGGCAACUGGGAGCGAAAAAGACCCAUUUGGGUCAUGCUUGUCAUCGAUUCGUUGACGGAAGCCGACAUCAAGUCCAGAGAAAUACCCGUUUUGGAUUUAUAUUUGGCCCAGGAGGCCACAAGACUCAAUAAAAGAACUGGGGCCGUGGAACAAGUUGAAGAACAGUGUGUUCCCCUUAAUGGAUUAAACUUUACGCAGGAAAUAUUUGCCUUGAAUCAAACGCUGUGGCAUCAAGAGAGUUUACGAGCAGGGACCAUUAGGCAGACGGCUACGUUAGAAGAUCUUAUAUGGCAUUAUAACUGCGGAGAUCUCAACUUGGCAACGUUUAGCCAAGAUACAGCACAGGUUCCUAGUAUGCAGAACACCACCCUCACUCCAGAGGAGAUUGAAGUGGCCAAUCAGAUUGACCGUUAUUUCCGCUAUGAGUUGAUCUACAAGAGGAACCGUCGGAUGGCCAUGAGAGUCAAGGCAAUACUGGAAGCCAAGCCAAAACAAAGCUUCUUCUUCGCGUUGGGUACAGGUCACUUUCUAGGCAAUCACACCGUGUUUGACUUCCUCGAGAAAAUAGGGGUAGAGGUUUUCAACGUUCCUACAGACACACCACUCAAUAGUUCCAGGAGCUCAUCUAGCUCAGUUGACGGUAUUGAUGGAGAGGGGACAAGCGAGGGCAGCAGUCGCAGGCAUGGGAAGCGAGGCAGGAGACGGAAAAAGAAGAAGCAGCGACUCGGAGAGACGGACAUCGGCCACGUCAUCUCGGUACCUGUGCCGGUCAGAGCAGAGAAUAACAGACAGUUCAACGAACUUUGGAUUCCUUUAGAUAGGAUAAGUGAAAUCCCAUCCACCAAGAGUCCCGACAAAGACGAGAAGGUCCUCACGGCGAUGCCGACACAACAAAUCUACACUGCGCAUAACCUUCCCAGCGUCUCGGCGGCCAGUGGGGGCAGCAGACCCGCCGUCUAUCCUAUUCUCUACCUCUCGCUCCUAUUACACAUAGCACUAUACAUUUUAAGUCGAGUAGAUAGGUAGUGGUACAUCAUUAUGUUAAUAUAGUAGAGUGUAUUCAAGUUCUGCUUUAGAACCAAUAGGUCUUUAAUCCAAGAAUAGACUUUAAUGCCUUCUGUCCCAUACGUGAUAGUAUAUUGGUAUGCCAUGUGAUAUCAUAUCAUUAUAUCAUCUGCUGAGCGCCAGAAGGGCGUUCUGCUAUACAGAGUGAACAUCCUUGUGGCACUAAACAGAUGAUAUUUGUCACUAUGUAUGGGUAGUUAGCUACUGCCAGGGGAUGAUAUAUAUAUAUAUAUAUAUUAAUAAGGGAAUAUAUCGAGAAUCAUAUAUUUAUAUUUUUCGCAAGAGUAUGGCUCCGUGAGUCGUAUUUGAUUAUGCUAUGGUGCAAAGAAUGUCUUAAGUUUUUUGAAAAUAUUAUAUGAAGCAAGAAUAAAGAUUGAAUGCAAAGUGAAGGAGUAGAUUGCAUUCUCAUUUGGGAUAAUUCAACUGUUGAGUGCCAGAAGGACAUUAACUCUUUGUAUUUUUUACACAGAGCCCUUCAGGGUCUAAACAAACAAAUUGUCAGUGAAUUACGCGCAGUUUACGUCUACCAUAGGUAUUACAGAGUAUUAUUUAUUGCAACACUGUAAAUAAAUAAAAAAAGCACUGAUAUUUGCAAAGAUGCACAUUGCGUUAUUGCCCGUUAUCAAGUAGAUUCUUUUUUUCGUUCAUUGUUUCUCCUUCAAGGAACAUGGAAAUGAGAAAAUUUGUAGUUUCGAGAGAAAGGUACUGGUUAAAAAAGUUUUUGUCUUCAACAUUUGUCAAAUUUACACACUGCCAAAAUGAAUCAUGCAAACAUCUACCAUUGAAAGUCACUAGUGUGUAACCAUUAUACACGUACUAGCAUUACAUGCUUGAGAGUGUAUUAGUAAAUAUGCAUCUAAUAUCAAAUCCCUUGUAAUUAGGUUUGGGAAGAGGAAACAUAUUGUAAAACUCGCUACAUUAGAGCAUGUGUAUCGUGGGGAUAUGAUUAAAAGUUAUAAAUGCUUAUAUUAAUUUUGUAUUUCUAUAACACAUUAUUUCCAUAAUUUAUUCACUGGUCAUCAUGAAUUUUCAUAUGUUACACUGCCCCAAAUCACUGCCACAAUAACUCUAAACCUGACCAAAAUUACCUCAUGUCAAUAUCAUUUUGACAGUAAUGUAUUUCAGUGUUAAUCUUUAUCAGCAUUAAAGCAACUUAUCCAUGUUUUCACUGUCCCCUUUGUUAUGUCCGCAAAUAGUUCACCUAAGUAAAUGUGCUAUGUUCUGUCCGUUUCUGCAAGUAAAUGUAAACAAAGUGAUGUUAUUUAGGGUCCCUGUAUUUAAUGGUGCUAUGGUUUAAAAGGAAUGUGUCUAAAAUUACAAAAUAGUUGCCAAAUGAGCUCUCUAGUUGUACAUUAUUCAGGGAAAUACAUUUGUGUGUUGAAGAGAGUGAAACUGAUACACUGAAUGCAUUAAGUUAUGUGGAUAUAUGCACUACAAAUAAUAGAUCCAAGAAUAGAUUGUUUCAUCAUAAAAUUUAACAGAUGAAUUGUUUAAUUUUGAAAUUGAGCAAACAAUUUGUUUAAUAAUGCUGAUAUUGUUGAAAUAACAAUAUCUCAUGGUCUUAGUUAAGCUGUUAAUAUCGUGUUUGUGCUCAGAUCGUUUGAAUGAGGAAAAGACUUCCACGGGUAUAUAUUCACCAUAGGGUUCAUUAAAACCAUAUAUACAGGGUUUUCAAUGAUUUUUCACGUUGAUAAUUCAUCUCAUACAUAUGCCUAGGAAGACUUCAUCUCAUUAAAGAUUCUGCCAAAUAUCUUGCAGUGUCAAAUAAUUUUCUGCUAACAUCUUCAACUGAACUGAACUGAAAAUGAAUUUAGUAUUAUAUAUCUCAAUAAUCUCUUCAAAAGUCACUCGUUAGUUACGGUACUUUUUUAAGAUUAUUUAAUCCUAUGUACUUUGUGUAAUCAAGGAGUCAUUAGAUAAGCUUUCCCAGUUUUCCCUUGGAAUGAUGAUUUAAAUUUGAUUGCAUAUUUACUAUGCACACGAUCUCUGUAUAUCGGGAUGAACAAUAAUUUUUCUAUCAGUGCUUGAAUGUAUCUUCUGUCUGCAAGCGUAUCAAUGGAUGAAUUGGAUAUUGGUUGGGCGUGAGGUGUUCAGAAAGUUUUAGUUCAGAAAUAUCUCAACUUCAAAUGAAAGAUUAAGUGCCAAGUGUAUAAGACGUAGAUAUUGUGAACAGUAUUAAGAGACAUGCAUUACUUGUUAUAUUUUUGUAAGAAAUUAUUUGUACAUAUACCCAAACGAACAUAGAUUCUGUAAAAAAAAAAUAAAGAGAGAAGAGGAGAAAAUAUCAUGGAAUAAUAAAAAAUAUUGAAAUAUUUAA